AUGUUCCUGUUUCUACCAUUCCUUCUCCUUCUUCUGUGUCUGGUGACAUCAGAUACUGUAACCAAUGAGGAAGUUCAAAAGACCUGCCCUGUGAUGGCCUGUAUUCCUCCAGGCAUGAACGGUUUCCCAGGCAAAGAUGGACGUGAUGGAGCCAAGGGAGAAAAGGGAGAACCAGGUCAAGGGCUCAGAGGCUUCCAAGGCCCACCUGGAAAUUUAGGACCUGCAGGCCCCCCAGGUCCCCCUGGAUCAAAAGGGGCAGUGGGUAAAAAGGGAGACCCUGGAACAUGUCCAGCAUGUGACACUAGCAGAGCUCUUCUGAAAGAGCAGCUUUCAAAGCAGAAUUGGAAAGCAUCAAAAAGUUUUUCUGUCACCAAAAAAGUUGGAAAGAAGUUCUUCUGGAACAGUGGCAAAACAAGAAAUUUUGACAGUGCUAAGGCUCUGUGUGCCCAAUUCCAGGCCUCCAUGGCACCACCCAACGCUGAAGAGAAUCAGGCCAUCCAGAGUUUGGUCAAAGACUCUGCCUUCCUAGGCAUAACAGAUAAGGAGAAUGAAGGCCAGUUUGUGGAUAUGGCAGGAAGGAGAGUGACCUACCGAAACUGGAACAAGGGUGAGCCCAACAACACUGACUCUGGGGAACACUGUGUGCUGAUGCUCUUGGAUGGCACCUGGAAUGACGCCACCUGCUCCUCCUCCUUUUUGGCAGUCUGCAAGUUCCCUGCCUGA